AUGCGACUACUUGGAUUCUCCCGGCCGCAUCUCAAUCGCCCUAGCACGACCGACCUCCGCUGCGAAUACCAGAUCAUCGGGCGCCAUCUGCCUUCCGAGGCCAACCCUGCGCCAAAGAUCUACCGUAUGCGCAUCUUUGCGCCCAACGAGGUCGUCGCCAAGUCACGGUUCUGGUACUUCCUUGGCAAGCUCCGCAAGAUCAAGAAGGCCAACGGUGAGAUCGUUUCCGUAAACCAGAUCCACGAGAAGAAGCCCCAGAAGGUCAAGAACUUCGGUAUCUGGAUCAAGUACGACUCGCGCUCCGGCACCCACAACAUGUACAAGGAGUACCGUGAGAUGUCCCGUGUCGCCGCCGUCGAGGCUCUCUACCAGGACAUGGCUGCCCGUCACCGAACGCGCUUCAGGUCCGUUCAGAUCCUCAAGGUUGUUGAGGUUGAGAAGGCCGAUGACCUCCGCCGACCAUACAUCAAGCAGCUCCUCACCAAGAACCUCAAGUUCCCGCUGCCCCACCGCAUCAACAAGAAGGCGGGCAAGAAGGUCUUCGCUGCCCACCGCCCAUCCACUUUCUUCUAA